CGUCUUUCCAUGAAUCAACCAUUCAUAACUUUCCACAUGACAAUUCAACCGAUCCCAGUCCAUCAUCUCCUCUUUUGCCUGCUCCUACCAGACACUCUACUCGAACCCACAAACCGCCAUCGUGGCAUAAAGAUUACCAUAUGUCAAACACAACUUUUACCCAAUUAGUGCUGUUGUCCCACUCUACUCCAACUUCUGUUAAAGGCCACAAAGAACCCACAUCUUAUUCACAAGCUGCUACAUACCACAAUUGGCAGCAAGCCAUGACUGCCAAACUCAAUGCUUUGCAACAGAAUAAUACAUGGACGUUGGUUCCUCUACAUGCGGGGUAUAAACCCAUUGGAUGCAAAUGGGUUUAUCGCAUUAAAUAUCAGUCUGAUGGGACAAUUGAUUGCUAUAAAGCUCGUGUUGUGGCAAAGGGCUACACCCAAGUUGAAGGCGUUGAUUACAUUGAGAUGUUUUCGCCAACUACCAAACUCACCAUUCUUCGUUGUAUUCUCAGUCGCUGGUUCUCGCAAUUGGAAUAUUCAUCAGCUCGAUGUUCAAAACGCCUUUCUCCAUGGCGACUUGCACGAGGAGGUGUGCAUGGACCUUUUUCCCGAACUUUGCCGACAGAAUGAGCACUUGGUGUGUCCGCUCAACAAGUCUUUGUAUGGUCUCAAACAAGCCUCUUGUAACUGGUUUUCCAAGUUUUCUAGUGUUAUUCAACAAGCUGGAUUUCAACAGUCCAAGGCUGAUUAUUCAUUAUUUACAAAAACCUGCGGUAGUUCUUUCA